UGUGAACAGUAAAAGUUGGCUGUGAAUGGUAUCUACAAAAACCGCAUGAAGAUGUUCAUCACUCGUUCAAUACCACGACUGCUGAAAAACAGUGCAAGUGUAAAUGCUCUCUCCAGGCAAAACUUCUGUGCCGAAGCAUUGAAUACUGCGACAGUUCCCACUGUCCGAACCGUUAAGGACAAAUGGAUAUCCCGUUUCCAGACGGAAAACAUACCGGAAGCGGAUGCGUCCAUCACCAACAUUCUGGCACACGUACUUAAGGUGCAAUGUCUUAGCGAUGUAAACGAACGGCACCAGGAAACGAAACUGAGCGAAGACCAGCUGGCCAAAAUCGAUGAGCUAUGCGAGUGCCGGCUUGCCCGGAUGCCGAUUCAGUAUAUCAUCCAUGAGUGGGAAUUUCGCGACCUCACGCUAAAAAUGGUCCCGCCGGUGUUUAUUCCCCGGCCGGAAACCGAGGAAUUGAUCGAGCUGAUAUUGCAGCAGAUUGACGCCCAGAAGGAGAUGAAAUUCCUGGAGAUUGGCUGCGGCACCGGAGCCAUAUCGUUGUCCAUAUUGAAGCAUGCGCCGCAGGCAUCGGCGGUCGCCUUGGACCAAAGCACAUUGGCCUGCGAAUUAACGAUGGAAAAUGCCAAAAACCAUGGCUUGGUCGAUAAUCUGCGCAUUUUCAGACACAAACUAGUCGACAAACUUCCUACCGAGCUGGAGAGCCACAAGUUCGACAUGAUUGUCAGCAAUCCGCCGUACGUUCCCUCCAGGCAAUUGCUCGCGUUGGAGCCAGAAAUUAAAGUCUACGAAGAUUUACGAGCGCUCGACGGCGGCCCGGACGGAUUGACCGUGGUGAAAGCAAUACUAGACAUAGCCGGAAAGCAUUUAGAGCCAUCAGGCGUACUCUGGCUGGAGGUGGACAGUUCACAUCCUCCUCUCAUCGAGAAGUACUUGGAAGAGGCUGUUCCUGAGUUAGGUUUGAAAUUUAUGUCGUCCUACAAGGACAUGUUUCGCAAGGAGCGUUUCGUAGAAAUAAUGAAAGUUUAAAAUGCUUAAACCCAAUUGAAAAAAUAAACGCUUCAAUGUUGACGUUUCACAGUUAGCUCAUUAUA